AGAGGCCGCCCGCGGUCAGGCCAGGCCGGGUCCACUUGGGGGGCUCACGGUCUGUCCCGCUGUGCACCCCGAGGAGGCUGGGCCCUUGUGUCCAAUCCGGAAGUCGCAGGGAAGUGGGGAGGUCAGGAUGGUGGCGCCCGCGGCUGGGGUCCUCCUCUGGGCAGUGCGCGCGGCUCUCACUUCCACGGUCCCGGACCUGCUCGGCCUCCCGGCCGGAGGCUCCCCGCGUGGCCUCGCGUCUGGUCGCCUCCCCCUCGCGGCCAGCUCCUCGCAGCACGGACCUGGAUCCGGGGCUCCUUGGUUGCGAAUUGCCAGGAGGGCCCUGAGAUUUGUGUUGUCAAAACACUGGGGGGAUGAUUGUUACCCGACAAACCGCCUCUGGCAGGACCUGAAGCCUCCCCGUCACCUCGGGAACCGGCAGGAGCUCAGGCUGGCGCCUCCGGUGCAAUGGGCUCUUCCCCCAAGGAAUUUAGAACGAGUCCACGUGGACAUGCAAGUCUCAGCGAAUGGGGAUUUCCUGCGAGGCCGAGCGCGAGGACGAGCUGGCCUCGGAGGCUCUGGCUCGGGCUCGGGGUCUCCCCGGGAACGCGGCAGGCCGAGAAGGCCGGGGCGCUCGCCGGGCUCGGCGCAGUCCUCCGUGUCGCGGGCGAAGGAGCCGACGCAGGCCAGGAGUCGUGCGCGCGGGCGGCGAGGGGGCGCUGUGGCCCGUGUCUGCCGGCCUGAGUCCUGGCAACGGUGGGCGCGACCCACCUCCUCCCACGGCGGCUUAAUUCGGGGAAGAAGAAAAAACGGCAUCGAGGCAUUUCAAUAAAA